GGUUUCCGAGCAGAGUGUUUCCAGUUAAUGUGCUGAAACCCACACAGUUCCCGGCAGUUUCGGCGAGUUGAUCGAAGUUUCGAUUUUUGCCCGGGAGGACCUUGGAUCUGGAUCCCAUAAGAGGAUUCGCUGCAUGGGAUGUUUUGAUGUAGAGCGGGAAGCAGUCCGCGUUCGAUCUGAACUGUUGAGAAACACCGCCCCUUUGCUGACAUCAGGGCAGCCGAGCGCUGGGGGCUGUGCGAGAGACGGCGGGACGGAAGCCGGUGAUCGCAGUGCCUGUCCAAAUCCAUGAAUCGUCUGGCCGGGCCAGGGGGAACAGGGAGCUCAAGACAGACCAUGUUGGCACUGGCGGCAGGGCUUGGAGUCGCCGCCGGCCUGGGGCUGGGAGCCCUCGGGCUCAGGCGGCUGUGGCAAACCUUCCAAGCAAGUCGAGUUGAGCUGGUCAAGGUGGCUGAAGUUUCCAGACUCUUCAUUUACCCCGUCAAAUCCUGCAAGGGCAUCCCCCUGACCGAGGUGGGGAUUGACGAGUUAGGAUUUAAGAAGGGCCCGUUGAAAGACAGACAAUGGCUUAUAGUCGAUGAGAAAUGGCAUAUGAUUACUGGUAGAGUAGAGCCUACCUUGGUGCUUGUCACAGUAUCACAUGAGGGUGGCUAUCUAUGUCUUAAUGCACCAGGCAUGGAAGAAUUGAGGGUCCCUUUGAAACUGCCAGCGUCCAAUCCUGUGAAAAUGUGCAGAGUGUGGGGAUGCAAUAUAGAAGGUAGAGAUUGUGGUGAUGAAGCAGCUCAUUGGAUCAGUACCUACCUAAAACAUAGCCGGGCUUUCCGACUCGUGAACUAUGAACCUUCAAUGAAACCAAGAUUUCCAAAACAGCAAGAAUCACUUUUCAGGGAUAAAGAUAAGACUGUGUACAAUGAUCUCAGUUCCUGCAUGAUGAUGUCUGAGGCAACGGUUGAAGAGUUUAACACCAAAUUGGAGAAAAAGGCUAAGAUGGAGGCUUUCAGGCCUGUAUUGGUGGUAAAGGAUUGCAAGCCAUAUGCUGAGGAUACUUGGAAAGCAGUACAGAUUGGGACUGCAAAGCUGUAUCGUACAAUGUCUUGCACUAGGUGUGUUUUCACAACGGUGGAUCCAGAUACAGGAAUUAUAAACAGGAAAGAGCCACUCGAGACUCUCAAGAGAUAUCGCCAGUGUGACCCAGCUGAGAAACAUAUUUACAAGUCCCAGCCCAUUUUUGGCUCGCACUAUGGAAUUGACAAAGCAGGAGUGAUUCGAGUCGGCGACCCUGUGUAUAUGAUUGUUGAAAAGUAGGAGUGCAGAUUGAAAGAUUGUUGUAUCUCCUGUAAAAUUAUUACAUGUUUAAUGUAUUUCCUUUUGGUAACUCUAGUUUGUAAGAUUCAUAAGCUGAAGACUUAAAACCAGAUUUUUCAGCUGUACUCUGCCUUACGUAACAGGUAAGGCUCCUUUUCAAAAAAAACAAUUGAAGAUCAAAUUAUACGAAACAUGUUACUGUAUAAAGUUCUAUUGGCAUGAAGCAUUUAAAUCUCCCUUGUAAAAGGUCAAUGCAUAUUGUUGGUAUAUUUUUCAUGAAAAUAAUUUAGUAGAAAUUAUUUUGGAUAUUAGGACUUUUUAUGUGUGUUGCAGAAAGAGAUUUAAUCAAAAACUACUCCCAAAGUGGAAUCCGAUACCUGCCACAUACCCACAAUGUGAUACAUCCCAUGCCCUCCACCCCUUCAAUAAAUUCCAGUUCCCCGGUCCCAACCGCUUCAUUUUCACUAUGGAUGUCCAAUCCCUAUAGAGAUAUGGCCCUUGUGACUACGGGGAUCAGGGGGUAUGGAGGGAAGGCUGGUGCAGGGUUCUGAGUUGGAUGAUCAGCCAUGAUCAUAAUAAAUGGCGGAGCAGGCUCGAAGGGCCAAAUGGCCUACUCCUGCACCUAUUUUCUAUGUUUCUAUGUUAUACACCUCCAUCCCCCAUGAAGAAGGCCUCAAAGCCCUCCGCUACUUUCUGGAUAAUAGAUCUCACCAGUUCCCCACCACCACUACCCUCCGGUUGGCGGAACUGGUUCUCACACUCAAUAACUUCUCUUUUGACUCUUCCCACUUUCUUCAGACCAAGGGUGUAGCUAUGGGAACUCGCAUGGGCCCUAGCUAUGCCUGCGUCUUCGUUGGUUGUGUGGAAUAGUCUGUGCUGCAAACCUAUUCUGGUACUGCUGCCCAAUUUUUCCUUCGGUACAUUGACGACUACAUUGGUGCUGCUUCCUGCACCCAUGCUGAGCUCGUCAAUUUCAUCGAAUUUACUUCUAACUUCCACCCAACCCUCAAAUUCACUUGGUCUAUCUCGGACACUUCUCUCCCCAUUCUCGAUGUCUUGGUCUCCAUCCCUGCAGACAGACAGUCCACUGACAUCUUCUACAAGCCCACUGACUCUCAUAACUACCUCAACUAUAUCUCUUCCCACCCCGCCACAUGCAAAAAUGCCAUUCCCUAUUCCCAGUUCCUCCGUCUCCGCCACAUCUGCUCCGAGGAUGAGGUUUUCCGUUCCAGGACAUCUCAAAUGUCCUUUCUUUAAGGAUCGUAGUUUCCCUUCUGCUGUCAUUAAAGAUGCCCUCACCCGCAUCUCCUCCAUUUCCCGCACUUUGGCUCUCACCCCAUCCUCCCGCCACCGCAACUGGGACAGAGUUCCCCUUGUCAUCAGCUACCACUCCACUAGCCUCUGGAUCCAACAUAUUAUCCUCCGCAACUUCCGCCACCUUCAACAGGACCCCACCACUAAGCACAUCUUUCCCUCUCCACCCCUCUCCGCCUUCCGCAGGGAUCGGUCCCUCCGCGACUCCCUGGUCCACACGUCCCUCCCCAUGGAUCUCCCACCCGGCACUUAUCCCUGUAAGCGCAAGUGCUACACCUGUCCCUACACCUCCUCUCUUGUCACCAUUCAGGGCCCCAAACAGUCCUUCCAGGUGAGGCAACACUUCACUUGUGAGUCUGUUGGGGUCAUCUAUUGCAUCCGGUGCUCCUGGUGUGGCCUCCUCUACAUCGGUGAAACCCGACACAGAUUGGGGGACCGCUUCGUCAAGCAUCUCCGCUCCGUCUGCCAAAACAGACAGGAUCUCCCAGUAGGCACCCACUUCAGCUCUGCUUCCCACUCCCAUUCAGAUAUGUCCAUACCUGGCCUCCUCUACUGCCAUGAUGAGGCUAAACUCAGGUUGGAGGAGCAACACCUCAUAUACUGUCUAGGUAGUCUCCAGCCCCUUGGUAUGAACAUAGAAUUCUCCAACUUCUGGUAAUUCCCUCCCCCUCCCUUCCCCUAUCCCUAUGUCACUCUGCCCCCUCCCCCAGCUGCCUACCACCUCCCUCUUGGUUCUGCCUCCUUCUACUACCCAUUGUGUUUUCCCCUAUUCCUUCUUCACCUUUCCUGCCUAUCACCUCCCUGCCUCCCUUCCCCCACCGCUUUAUCUUUCCCCUUACUGGUUCUUCACCUGGAACCUACCAGCCUUCUCCUUCCCACCCUCCCCCCACCUUCUUUAUAGGGCCUCUGCCCCUUCCCCCUACAGUCCUGACGAAGGGUUCCGGCCCGAAACGUUGACUGAUUGUUUCCACGGAUGCUGCCCGACCUGCUGAGUUCCUCCAGCGUGUUGUGAGUGUUGCUCACAAUGUGAUAUUUGUUUAGUCAUUGGUUGGAUAGAUGCAGUGGUUUCAAUGGACGUGCCAGGCAUGUUUUGACAUUAGAUGAAAUUUGCUUGUGUGUGUGUGACCUGCACAGAGCAGAGAUUGUUCAUACAGAAGCAGAGUCCACCAUAAUGGAGAGGUCUGUUUCUGCAUCACCAGCCCUGCACGAUUCAUGCCCCCCGAAAUCGGAUACGUGGAUCCAGCUGUAGGUUGAUUCAUUUUACUCACUCUGGUGUCCCUCACAGCAACUAACUUUCAUACCAACCCCAUGCAUUCCCAGCUACAUUCCCCAAACAUACCAUCAUCACCUUCGCUAACCGAACACUCCGAGUAUACUCUCACUAACUGAUCACAAUCAACCCCCAACACUUAGUCUGUCCUGUUUACCUGCUACUCCACUUUGCUGCCUCUUUCAAUGAUAAACCCCUCCCGAUGCCCAAUAUGUUGUAUAUGGCAAAACAGGUAUUGCUUCCUUCUGACUCAGUCCCUCGCCACCUUUGAUCUCCAGCUCAACAUACAUUUUAAGGCUCAGAACAACUUUUAGACCACCUGUAACCAUUUGAAUUUUGAAACAGUUGGUAAAGGCAUAUUUACUGCACAGUAGCCUUGGUACAAUGUACUCUACCUUGGAAGAAAGAGGACAAAACAUUGUAGUUACUAUAAGAGUGUUUAUUGCAAAUGGAACACAAGGGGUUAAAGAUCCAUUUUGGGAACUGGCUUAAAAAAUUUACCAAGCACAUUAAAGUGAAGUAACCAAUCCAGCCACUGUCUCCUGAACUCAUUAGGUCAAUGACUGAGCUCAGUCAAUAUCAACUCCACUUUCUAUCAUGGUAAAAACUUAAAUUGUUUUCCAACACUUUGUGUUGCCUGCUUAUGUGUCAGAAUCCCGAACAGCUGAGAAUGAUUUUGGUAGCAGGAUGGAGUAAUGUUUUCAUAAUUUUAAAAGAAGUGAAAAUAGUCAAUGCAAUGAUAUUUAGGACAGUAGGGCCCUUUUGCUGAAUUUGUUACCUAAAGGUGCUCCUUUUAUUGCAUGAAGAAACCCAAGUUUCUAAUGAUUUUCACAGAGGGUCCAUGUCUGCUGCUGCAGGUGGUUUACAUAGAUUCUUUGCUCCAUCUAUUUUCCCUAAUGGAUAUUGUAUUUUUAAACCGCCAUUCAGUGAUUCCAGCGGUCAGUUAAUUUCAGUAAUUUAUUUUUCCCGAGAGUCAAUGUUGGAUGUACUCACUGACUGUACUCAGGACUAGACAAACAACUCAUGGCAGUGGUUAAUUGGGAAAUAAACCACAUUUUAAAAUUGAAAUUGCAUGAGCUCCUCAGUUUUCACUCUCUUGUACCUCUGCUAAUAAUUCCUUCUAGGGUGAGUGUGUUCUUGGUCUUAAUUCCAAAGCUUGUAAAUCAUUUUGUAUAUUUUUCCUCUGGUAAUUUGGAGAGAAAGGUAGGAUUAAAUCAAUGCAUGGUUUUAGAGUCACUUGUAAAUUUUAUAGUACAACGCAAUAAAUUUGGGAACUACAUGACAAAACAGAUAAUUGCCUUUGAAGAAAUUGUUAUGUAGUUUAAACAGCUUAGGAUAGUGCUGUUAUUUGUGUUCGGUGUUUAGUAACAGACAGCUCUGGUUAGUUAAUAGAUUUGGAAAAAAUGUCAUGUUUAGUUUGUGAAAAUCUUGCUGCUUUGCGCGUAACCUUUCAAGUUCUAAACUUAAUUUUGGAAGCUUAGACACGAAUCCCCAUUCCUAAAAGAAAUUCAUAAAUCCAUUUUUAAAUCUGCUGGUUCUAUCAAAAUUCUACCAUCCAUAAAAAAAGCUCACAUUUCCUCUCUGCUCAUGAUACACUACAGCAAGAUGUAACUUCAAAAUCACUUCUCUUUUUUUGUAAGUGAUGUUGCUAUAGGUAGCGAUGGUUUAUUUGUUUUUCUUACCCAGUGUGACAUUUCCAUUGAUUUUAUUAAUGUUCUUCCUACCAAAUUCCCCAGAUCAGUUCCAUGCUGUGUAACCUCAGGAAUAGUUAAUGGGAAUGUGUUAUUUACUGCUGUGUUCCUCACGUGGUCUCUCUGUGCUUUUUAUUAUUUUCAUCACAUUCCUCUGUUUUUGAAGUUCUUUCUGUCUUGUUCCUGGAACAUUGCAUUCCUUCAGAACGUGCUCUUCGCAAAUCUUAAUUGCGUUUUUUUUUAAACUGUUCUGUCCUCAGAACUGGUCCUUGGGUGAAAUUGGUCUUUGAUCGCUGUAGACAAAGAACUAAAAGUAAAAUCAGAUGGCUUGUAAAAUAUGUGCCAUUUAAUUCUUCACUGCUUGGCACUGUUGCCAAAGACUAUUUUAAUAUCUACCAACUUUAUGACCACAAACCUCAAAGGAUUCCUAAUUUAACUUCUCUUAUUAUUCCCACUUCACUACAUCGGAGCCAGUUCAAUAUUGUUCCCUCAUUUAUCAUUUUAAGAAAUACACAUGGAAUUCUUUAAUAAUCUCUGAACACAUUAUGACCCAUUAUGUUCCAGUCUCUGCCAAGCAGAAUAAAAUUUUCCACAAUUACAAUUAAGACUAUAGAAUUGAUUUGUCUUUAUGAUCUUUGUACCUGUACAAGUAGAUUGUUUAGUCUGGAAGUAGUUCCUUUUACACUUUUUUAAGCUGAAAGUCAUCUUUACUGCAGCUGUUCUUGUGACCAUUAUGAGGGAAACUCCAGUGAGUAGCAGUUUCUCAUAAAGGUCACGAACAACAGGGUUUAGACUGUUCAAACAGUUCACACUGAGGAGUCAUCUUCUUUUCUGGAUUUAAUCAGUCUUGAGUGAAGGGAAAGUAGAUGUACCCACUAUCGUACCUAAUCCAUUUAUUCUUUAGUGAGCAGCUGUGGUCUGCUUCAGGAAAGACCUGAAGAUACAUUAGAGCACAAGCUCUCCUGGUCUGUUUCUGUGCAAUUAUCAUCAUAGAGUCAUAGAACACUGCAGCACAGAAACAGGCGUUUUAGCCUGAGCUAUUAGUCUGCCUCGUCCCAUCGACCUGCACCUCGAUCUUAGCCCUCCAUACCCAUCCCUUCCAUCUACAUAUCCAAAUUUCUCUUAAACGUUGAAUCAAGCCCUCAUGCAUUACUUGUGGUGGCAGCUCGUUCCAUUCUCUCACCACCGCAUGAGUGAAGAAGAUUCCCCCUCAUGUUCCCCUUAAAUAUUUCACUUUUCACCUUUAACCCACAACCUCUAGUUGCAGUCUCACCAAACCUCAGUGAAAAAAGCCAACUUGCAUUUACCUUAUCCAAACCCCUCAUAAUUUUGUAUACUUCUAGCAAAUCUCCCCUCAAUCUUCUAUGUUCUAGGGAAUAAAGUAUUAACCUAUUCAACCUUUUCCCUAUAACUCAGGUCCUGCCAACAUUCUUGCAAAUCUUUUCUGCACUCUUUCAAUCUUAUUUACAUCUUUCCUGUUGGGAGGUGACCAAAAUUGGAUGCAAUACUCCAAAUUAAGUCUUGUCAAUGUCUUCCACAAUUUCAAUGUAACAUCCCAACUCCUGUACCCAGUACAUUGAUUUUUGAAGGCCAAUGUGCUGAAAGCUUUAUUUACAACCCUAUCUACCUGUGAUCCCGCUUUCAAUGAAUUAUGACACUGUAUUCCCAGAUCCCUCUAUUCUACCACACUCUUCAGUACUCACUGUGUAAUACCUUAACUGUACAAAGUACAGCACCUCAUAUUUGUCUGCAUAAGUUCCAUCUGCCAUUUUUAGCCCAUUUUUCCAACUGGUCUAGAUCCUACUGCGACCUUUCAAAAUCUUCCUCCACUGUCCAUUAUAUCCCCAAUCUUGGUGUCACUCACAGAUUUGCUGAUGCAGUUUACCACAUUAUCAUCCAGAUAAUAAUAUAGAUGACAAACAAAAAUGGACCCAGUACCAAUUCCUGUGGCACACCUCUAGCCACAGGCCUUCAGUCAGAGAGGCAACCAUCUACAACACUCUCUGGCUUCUUCUGCGAAGGCGAUGUCUAAUCUAAUUUACUACCUCAUCUUGAAUUCAAAGGACUGAACUUUCUUGACCAACCUCCCAUGCAGGAUCUUGUCAUAGGCCUUGCUGAAGUCCAUGUAGACAAUAUCCACUAUCUUGCCUUCAUCAACUUUCCUGGAAACUUCCUUGAAGAACUCUAUAAGAUUGAUUUGGCAAAACUUAUCAUGUACUAUCCAUCCAAAUACUUAUACACCCAGUCCCUUAGAGUACCUUCCAAUAACUUUCCUGCUACUGACGUCAGGCUCACUUGUCUAUAAAUUCCUGGCUUAUUCCUAGAGCCUUUCUUAAACAACAGAACAGCAUUAGCUAUCCUCCAAUCCUCUGGCAACUCACAUGUGGCCAAGGAUGUUUUAAGUAUCUCUGUUUGCGAGGGCCCCUGUAAUUUUCGCACUAGCCUCACAUAGGGUCUAAGGGAACACUUUGUCAGGCCCUGGGGAUUUAUCCACCCAACUUGCUUCAAGACAGCAAACACCUCCUCCUCUGUAAUCUGUAUAGGGGUCAUGACCUUGUUGCAUUGCCUCAUAUCUGAAGGCUUGGUGUCCAUCUCUCCAGUAAAUACAAUGCAAAAAAUCCAUUGAAGAACUUGCCCAUCUCUUCGGCUCCACACAUUUAUUACCAUUCUGAUCUUUAAGAGGAUCAACUUCUACUUGGUCCAAGUAAAAAUCUGGGAACCUUAGCUCCUGUAGGGUUAUGUCACUGAAAAGACAAAGGUCCAUAUUAGUUCUGUCUGGCCAAUGUGCAAACUUGGUUUAAAAGGAUUUGCAAAUUGUUAAAUAAAGUUGCAUCUUUGACUAAUUAUCAGUCAUUGUAAAAAUAAUUAAAUAAGUUGACAUUCUGCACAAACCUGCAUCCUGAUCCCACACGAGACAGUCAUCCAAAUAUAUUUAAAACAACAUAAGUGCACCCAUUCUGUCCACUAAAGCUGAUGGGUUGGAAUCCAGGGAGGAUGAGCACAGAACCAGACAUCCCAGUUCUAGAUGACUACAGGAAAGAAUUGAGGGAAAUUUUGUUAAUCUGUUAACUAGUUAUUUCUACAAUCCUAAAAUUAUUUAAUGUAAUCAAACUUCAUAGAUGUCUCAUUCCUUUAGUACUAGGUCCACUAGUCAAUCACAGAAUUUCUAUUUAUCAUUUUCUUCUGCAAUGUAACUACAAUUUAACUACAAAAUAAACAGGACAACAUAAAUUAUUUAAAUGUAUGAGGGUUUUGAACCCCUAUCAUACCUUUAUAAUCAUUCAUAUGGAUAAAAUAUUUUCAAACCUUGUGUGGUAUUUUUAAAUUGACAAGUUGUGGAUAGCAUAGAAGACGAGUAAAGAAUACAACGGGAUAUGGAUCAGUUGCAGAUAUGGAUAGAGAAAGGGCAGAUGGAGUUUAACCCAGCCAGAUGUGAAGUGUUGCACCUUGGUAGGCCAAGUGCAAAGAGACAGUACAUUGUUAAGGGCAAGAUCCUUAACAAUGUUGAAGAGCAGAGGAAUCUUGGGGUCCAAGUUCAUAGCCCCUUGAAAGUGCUACACAGGUUGAUAGAGUGGUUAGGUAAGGAUAUGGUAUGCUUUAUUAGUCAAGGCAUUGAGUUCAAAUGUCAAGAAGUUAUGUUGUAGCAUUAUAAAACUCCAUUUAGGCUGCAUCUGGAGUAUUACAUGUAUUUCUGGUCCCCCAUUAUAAGAACGAUGUCAAGACUUUGGAGAGGAUGCUGAAGAGGUUUACCAGGAUUGGAGAGCAUGUAUGAUAAUGAAAGGUUGGGACAAACUUGGAUUGUUUUCUGUGGAGUGACAGAGGCCGAGGGGAGAUCGGGUAGAGGUUUAUAAAAUUAUGAGAGCUAAAGAGAGAGUAGACAGACAAUAUCAUUUUCCAAGGGCUGAAAUGUCUAAUAUGAGAUGGCAUGCAUUCAAAGUGAGAGGGAGCAAUUUCAAAGGAGAUGUGAAGGGCAAAGUUUUUUUUUAAAACACUGAGUGGUGGGUGCCUGGAAUGUGCUUCCUGGGAUUGUGGCAGAGGCAGAGACAUUAAGGACUUUUAAGGGACGUCUAGAUAGGCACAUGAAUAUGAGGAAAAUGGAAGGAUAUAGACAUUGUGCAGGUGGAAGAGAUUAGUUUAAUUGGCCUUUUGAUUACUAAUUUAAUUGGUUCGGCACAACGUUGUGGGCCGAGGGGCCUGUUCCUGUGCUCUAUGUUUUACAUAGAGGUGGAAAGCAGUGGAACAUCGUGAUUAGUGUGGAUUGUUCUGAGAGAUAUUACAAAGCUUACAUUAUAUACAGUAUUGCUAUGAGAGCUUGCAUGGCUCUCAGCUUUAGCAUAUUACAGUAUAAAACAAAUAUAACCCAUCUCAAUCUAAUUUUAUUUUUCUUAUUGAUGCAUCACCAGACUGAAUUGCUCUAUAAUAUACUAUAAAGUUACCUAGAUACUCCUAUCUUAGCAUGUUCCAAUGUAAAGCGAUAUACUUUAUCAAGUCCCAUUACAGCUGCGCUGUACUGUAGAACAUUACAGAAUUGCAGUUUUGCAGUGUACAGCUGGAUGUGACUCAUAACUGAAUUUUAUUUUAUUUUAAAUCAAUGUGUAAUUGCUAGACACUAUUAUGAUGUGGGACUGUAUGCUAUGAAAAAUUGUUUGUCUAUUCUGUAAGACAUAUAGCUAUUAGUUCCAUGUCUGGCUCAGUUAGUAGCACUGUCACCUCUGAGGAUGAAGGUUAUGCAUUCAGGUCUCACUCCAGAGAACUGAACACAAAUAACCUCUGCUGAUUUGCCAGUGGAGUACACAGGAAGAGCUGCACUGAAGGAGGUGCUGUCUGAAUGAUGAAAUAUUAAACUGAGGCCAUGUCUGCUUUAUCAUCUGCACAUUAAAAAUAUCCCAUUAUUUUAAUUUGAAAUAGAGAAGAGAAAUUAUUUACAGUACUCAGCAUUACUAAAACAGAUUAUUUGGUCUAAAUGACUUGUUGAAGCAUGGUGUCUGCCAAUAAGCUUUCAUGUUUCCUACAUUACAACAGUAACCAUACUUUAAAAACCUUUAAUUGAUGAAAAGUGCUUUGGGGAAAUUUUGCAAUGGAUGUGAAAGGCUGCAAUUGUAAAUCUGUUUUGAGUGGUAUUUGCUGUUGAUUUUGAGAAUUAUGUUAAAGCUGUUAAUAUUAAUAUAGUAAUAAUGAAGACAUCAAACAUGAAAAGCGAAGUUUUCUGACAAGAAAGAUAGCAUUAUCUGCAAAAGCAAUCUGCAGAUUGUAAUAUUUUUAGUAAAAAUAAGCAGUUUUUCAUACGUCAAGUUUUAAAACACUGUAGAGGGCACUGAAUAAUAGUAAGAUGAUGCUUUUUAUUAUCUAUAAUCUAUCCUCAUUAGUAAAUACCAUUUAUUCUGUAACUGUACAUGUACAUCUUCUUUCUUGUGACAGUUCUUGGUUCCUAGUACAUUUCUCCACAAGCCAUUAUUAAAUUUCUAGUUUCAAAUAAAAA